AGUGCGCGCGGUCGCACGACGCUGUCCUUGUCGCCGGAGCGUACGGUAGCGUGCGCGCGCGCUUUCUGUCGCCACUGUCGACACGAUAACGCGUUACUGCAACUACUCGAAACACUUGUCAUUGACGAACAAAUGCCGACAUCACAACCGCUUACCACAUAUCGAUGAGAGAAUUGAGAUAUGGGAAUACAUUGGACUGUGUGCUGUGAUUAUUAUUAAAAACUUUAUGAUUACCUAAAUAAAAUCUUGGGUCGCAUGUGUAAGAGGCCCAGGCGCUCGUGGAAGGAGCGACACGUGCUGCGAGGGCACCGCGGAGCUGCCCGCCGGACUACGCUCUCUUGUACUCACACAUUUCCAGCAGGGGCGAGGGCGCGGCGCGAUGCGCGCGGCAUGCUGCUGCCCGACCAGACGUACGAGGCGUGCGGCCCGGGCCCGGUCUCACCGCCGCUGCAUGCGUUGCUCCGUGCACAUCGCGUGCCGCCAGAGUUCUUCUGCGCAAACAGAACGCGUCGCCGGCACAGUGGUGGCGGCGAGGAAGCGGGCGCGGCGGCUGCAGCGGGAGCGGUUGCGGGAGCGGGGGCGACGCGACGGCGCACGCGCCACCAGCGCCGUCGGAACGACGCAUCGUCGUCGAACGAGGCGGUGCACUUGCAGCGGCGGCUGCUGAGCCUCAGUUCGGAGCUGGUGACGCUCCGAAACCACUUGCACGUGGGUGCGGGUGGAGCUGGCGGCGCGGGCGGCGCGGGCUCGCAGCCCGCCGUGCCGCCGCGCGCACACCACCUGCCGCCGCCACCCGCCGCCCUGCCCCACCACCCGGCACCACCACCACCAGAAGCUCGAUGGCGGAGUGCGCCAGCUCCGGCGCCGACGCCGACGGCGUCUUGCGCCGGUGCAGCGGGCGCCGGCGGUGCGGGCGGCGCGGGCGGCGCGGGCGGCGCGGCGGGCACGGGCGGUGCGGUGGGAGGCGCCGACGUGGACGACCUCAUCCACCUGCGCGGCCCGCUUACCGAGGACGCGGUGGUACGCACACUGCAAACCAGGUUCUACCACAACAAGUUCUACACGAUGGUGGGCCCGAUCCUGAUCGCAGUGAACGCGUACACGGACGCGUGCAACGCGCUCACGCUGACGGCGGCGCGCGCGCACCGGCCCGAGCUGGCGCGGCUCGUGCACGACGCCGUGCGACACCAGGCCGACACCGGCUACCCGCAGGCCAUCAUCUUGUCGGGAGUGUCGGGGUCGGGCAAGACGCACGCGUCGAUGGUGCUGCUGCGGCGGCUGUUCGACGUGGCGGGCGGCGGGCCCGAGACCGAUGCGUUCAAGCAUCUUGCCGCCGCCUUCACCGUGCUGCGCGCCCUCGGCACCGCUGCCACGCCCGCCAACUCACACUCCAGUCGCAUUGGUCACUUCAUCGAGGUGCAGGUGACCGACGGCGCAUUGUACCGUACCAAGAUUCACUGCUACUUCUUAGACCAGACCCGCGUUGUGCGGCCGCCGCCUGGCGAGCGCAACUACCACAUCUUCUACCAGAUGCUGGCCGGCCUCACCCCUGACGAACGCGCCCAGCUUCACCUUGAGGGAUACGGUCCCCAAGAUUUGAGGUACCUGGCAUCUCCGCACCAACGUCGCGCGGAGCCGGAGGACGCGGCGCGGUUUCACGCGUGGAAGACCUGUCUCGUGAUCCUCGGCAUCCCAUUCCUGGACGUGGUGCGCGUGCUCGCCGCCGUGCUGCUGCUCGGCAACGUGCAGUUCAUCGAAAAUACCGAGGGCGGCGCCGAACCAGGCGGCGAGGCCGAGCUGGCCGCCGCCGCCGCGCUGCUCGGUGUCGCCGCUCCGGCGCUGCUCCGCGGCCUGGCCACUCGCGCCCCGCCGCGGCGCUCGCUGGGCACCGGCACGGCGCGGGGCCCGCGCGCUGCCGCCACGCCGGCCGCCGCCAGCGCCGCGCGCGACUCCUUGGCGAAGGCAUUGUACUGCCGUACAGUCGCUACCAUCGUGCGCCGGGCUAACUCACUGAAACGACUAGGCUCAACGUUGGGAACGCUCUCGUCGGACUCGAACGAGUCCGUGCAUGGUCCGGAGGCGGCGACGCGCUCUGUCCGCGGGGGCCGCCCGAGCCGCGCGGGCGGGGCGCGCUCGAUGGCGGCCCUCAACGACGCUGUACGUCACGCCACCGAUGGGUUUGUAGGCAUCCUGGACAUGUUCGGGUUCGAAGACGCAGCGCCUAGCCGUCUGGAGCACCUGUGUGCAAACCUUUGUGCGGAGACCAUGCAGCACUUCUACAACACGCAUGUGUUCAAAUCGGCGGCGGAGUCAUGCCGCGAGGAGGGCGUGGCGUGUCCGCUGGAGGUGGAGUACGUGGACAACGUGCCGUGCAUCGACCUGGUGUCGUCGCUGCGCGGCGGGCUGCUGGCGGCGCUAGACGCGGAGUGUGCUGCGGGCGGGUCGGCGGAGCAGUACGUGUCGCGCGUGCGCGCCGCUCACCGCGCGCACCCGCGCCUCGCCGACGCGCGGCCGCCGCACGCGCGCCGCUUCGCCGUGCGGCACUACGCGGCCGAGGUCACCUACGAUGCGGCCGACUUCCUCGAGGCCAACCGUGACGCGGUCCCAGAUGAUCUGCUUGCCGCCUUCGACUCCGCCACUUGCGAAUUCGGUUUCGCUACGCACCUUUUUGGCGCCGAACUAAAGGCGUUAGCGGCACAGGGUGGUGCGGCGAACGCCGGCGGCGGUUUCUUCCGCGCUUCGCCCACCGUGGCAGCCGAGGGAGGGUCCACGCUGACGCAGGACUUUCACACGCGACUGGACAACCUACUGCGGACACUGGUGCACGCGCGUCCGCAUUUCGUCAGGUGUCUACGAGCUAAUGCCACUGAAACACCUAUGCUUUUUGAGCGCGCCACGGUUGCCAGGCAGGUGCGCGCUCUACAAAUCCUGGAGACGACGCAGCUGAUGGCGAGCGGGUACCCGCACCGCAUGCGUUUCCGAGCUUUCAGCGCUCGCUACCGCGCACUGUGGGGGCGCGGCGCGCGGGGCGAGCGCGGGGACCGCGGGGAGAGGGCGGAGCGCGGGGAGCGCGGGGAGCGAGCGGAGCGCGAGGGGGGCGCCGAGUGCGCACGCGUGCUGCGCUCCGUGCAGGCCGCCGCCGCGCCGCCUGCGCCCGCGUCGCCCGCCGCCGUGCGCUGGGCGCUCGGCAAGCGACACGUGUUCCUCAGCGAGGGCAUGCGACAGGUCCUGGAGCGCAUGCGCCGUGCACGACGUCAGGCAGCGGCGGAGUGCAUCCAGGCGACGUGGCGGCGGCACCGCGCGCGCCCCCGCCCCCCGCCCGCGCCCCCCGCACCCGCCGCGCCCGCGCGCCCUCGCCCCGCGCCCAUCGCCGGCACGCCGCCCCCAGAGCCACCAGACAAGUGCGACCCCGCGCUCGUCAAACGUACCUGCUCCCUCUUCGGUCUCGACUUGGAGCGGCCGCCGCCGCUGCCGGCGCCGCGCGCGUACGUGGUGUCGGGCGGCGUGAAGGUGCGCUACCCGCAGCAGCGCACGGCGCGCGCGGACUGGGCGGACGAGGCGGGCGCGCGGCUCCGCGCCGGCGACCACGUGCUCGUGCUCGGCGCCGCGCGCUCCGGCUCCGGACACCUCGCCGUGCAGCUGUGCGGUCGCACGGUGCAGGUGCCGCACGCGGUGCUGUCGCCGCCGCGCGCCGCCGUGGCCGCGCGCCGCCACUCCGCCGCCGCUCCGCGCCGCCGCCGCCGCUCGCCUGACCGCGCGUCCGCGCCACCGCAGCACGGCGGCUGA